AUACUGAGGGCCGGACCUGCCUCAACCUACCGUGUCAGGCGUGUCCAAGUGUCUCUGAAUGCACCAGGCAGACGACCUCUGGCCCAGCCUGCCAGCCCUGCUUGCCUCCUGCCUGCUAUUGUACGCAGCAGGUUGCAACUUGCAACAGGUUGCCAGGCGACUGUGGAACAAGCCAUCCCCGGAUGGCCCCAGGCCCGCCAGCAAGAGAUACCCCGUGGCUGCAGCUUCUGCGGCAUCUCCUAUCGCCUGUCCGGGUCGUCCGUGGUUCCUGGCUGCUAUUUCGGGUCUAGCCCAGGGACCCGACAAGUUCCACUUUCCCUCGGUUUGAGGACCAUCGACUUUCCCCUGGCUAACCUGGCUAACCCGGCCCUCCUUGUCAGGUCGCAAGUCGCUCGUCGCACCCACAUCGACCCCUGCCGCCCUUGUCUGCUGUUGGACAGCCCACCCCUCCCUUCCGCGCCCUUCCCUCACUCCUGGCUUCAUAUAAUACUUAAAGCCUCAAGCCUGGCAUCUCUGACCCUGGACGUCGAUUCGGUUUCCGUUCAAUCUACCUCCAGCAGCUCCAAGCUCCCAGCCCCAUCCCGUCGUGCGCAGUUUAGUGUGUGUGUCCGUUGACGACGACUCUCUAUCUCUCCGCGCCCCCUGGCUCUGGAACCCACCAAAGCCCACUUCUUUUGAUCUACACACGGACCAGAUCGUUCACUCGCUUCCGCUAGACAAAAUCUAGCUUCACCCAAGACUCUCGCUUCCACCGACGUGGCAUUAAACACAUAUAUACCCUCAGGCUGAGCCUUCUUGCGUCACUCACCUCUCUUAAUAAUCCUUCAACUCCUUUUCAAAAGAGUCGAACCCGUUGUCGCACCGCAACCAUCCCAUCUGCACAGCUUCAACUAAAUACACGGAAAGCUCCACACUUGACCAGCAUCAACCACCUGCACUCACCGCUCUUGCUCUACCAACCACCAAAAUGGACUCUUUCGGUUUCCAGCCAGUCGCCACCCGCUUCACCCCUUCCGCGGGUUCGCGGGCGCGCUUCUCCUACCGCAGGACAUCGACCAGCUCCAGCCGGAACUCUUACGCCUCAAACACUUCCUCGGCGUCCGCUGCUUCGUCCAUCAACAGCAUGAUCUUCCGCCAGCCCUCAAUCGUGGACCUGGAGGAGGAGCACAAGGCCUUCGGCUCCGAGCUCAAGAUCCUCGAGCCAAGGCCCGUCGUCUUCUUCGGCAGCAUGGAGGAGCGCUUCGCCUCGCUGUAGUCGGUUGUCCACCCACUGGCCACAAUCCAUCCAAACAGCUCCUGGUUGAGUGCGUCUUGGGCUUUCGAUUCUUAUCACCUCUUCAGCAAAUUCUCUUCAAUCACCCAACCCUUGACGCGGUUUCACAAGUACGAUCAUAUAUGAUACCAAACGAUGAAGAGGGAUGGAACUUUUUUCCACAUUCAAAUCGACCCAUGGUCGACGGCAGGGGAUACCUUGAAGUUACCUCUUUACCAAAAACUUCAGGGGCUGCCUUUGGGGGGAGCACGGUAGUGUACUAGCUUCCCCCCGAUGAGAUCCGGGGUGUCACUUGUGACAGUCCCGAUUUCAUUCCACUGGCGGGUGGCAGCUUUGAUUUAUGUCGCUUUGGGACAACAGGAGGAGGCAAUCUUCCAAAAUGGCGCAAAGAAGGUGUUCAGUUCUUAUUAUUUCAGUCGUUCACGGGGAGGGGAGGAGGACUUGUCUAUGACAUCCAAUAUGGCUUGAAUGAGACCACGUUGACGGUAGACGACGGGUCAUGGCUAUUACUGCAAAGGAGUCAUAAGGAAAUUCAGACAUACAGCGGUCUUUGGGCUGCUCCCUCCA